UUUUAACAGUUACUGUAGGAACAGAUGCAGCUUGACCAGCUCAGCUCCAACUGCAGCUUCAGUCCAGUGGAUGCAUCUUCACCUUAACCUGAAACUCUAGCCACCAUUGAACUAGUUCGCCAUUUGAACUUUUAAUUUUCUUUCUCCUGUCAUUGUGGGAGACUUACUUCCAGAUUUAACUAGCACAGAAACUACAGUUGUUGUUUUUUUUUUUUUGCUCUUUAAUACAGAGCUGGAAUAAAAGAACAAAACAAUGACAGAAGAUAAUAUACCAAACGGUGAUGCGGGUAGUAUCGAUGAGGUGCCCGCCGCAGAGGUACCCCUGGAGGGGGAGGACAAGAAGGAGAACAGUGACGCCAAGGUGAUGGUCCCGGAGCAAACAGCGGCUCCGGGAGCGGAGGAAGGCGAGUUUGUGCACCCCGAGGGCGGCUGGGGUUGGGUGGUUAUGCUGGCUGCCAUGUGGUGUAAUGGCUCCGUGUUCGGGAUCCAGAACGCCUUCGGUAUACUCUUCCUCUCACUGCUCAAAGAGUUCGGCUCCGAGGAUGACGAAGACCUCCGCUUCAGAACAGCGUGGGUGGGCUCCCUCUCCAUGGGGAUGAUCUUCCUCUGCUCCCCCAUCGUCAGCGUCUUCACCGACAUCCUCGGCUGCAGAAUCACUGCAGUGGGCGGCGCUGCUGUCGGGCUGGUCGGGCUCCUGGGCAGCUCCUUUGUCACGUCCCUGGGUCCCUUGUAUUUCACCUAUGGCAUCGUGUUUGCCUGCGGCUGUUCUUUCGCCUACCAGCCCAGCCUGGUCAUCCUGGGCCACUAUUUCAAGAAGCGCCUGGGUCUGGUGAAUGGUAUCGUGACAGCUGGCAGCAGCGUCUUCACCAUUACUUUACCAUUCGUGCUCUCGGGCCUGCUAGAAAAAGUGGGCCUUUACAACACCAUGCGCGUCCUGUGCAUCCUUAUGUUUGUGCUGAUGCUGGCAGGCUUCACCUACAAGCCCCUUUUGCCUGUCAAAUCCAGUAACACCCAAACAGGCAGAAAGUGCCCCCCCAUGAGCCAGAUCUUCAACGUCAACAUCUGGAAAUCUAUGGGAUAUCGUAUUUGGGCCCUCGGUGUCCCUGCAGCGCUCUAUGGCUACUUUGUGCCUUACGUUCACCUGAUGAAGCACGUCGAGGAGCGUUUCGGAUCAGGAGCAAAUAAAGAGGUUCUGCUCAUGUGCAUUGGCAUCACAUCCGGCGUGGGCCGUCUCAUUUUCGGCAGGGUGGCAGACUAUGUUCAAGGAGUCAACAAAGUCUAUCUGCAGGUCACUUCCUUCUUCGUCAUCGGCCUCAUGUCCAUGAUGAUCCCUCUUUGCAACAUCUUCGGCGGACUGAUUGCCGUGUGCCUCCUGAUGGGCCUGUUUGACGGCUGCUUCAUCUGCAUCAUGGCCCCCAUCGCCUUCGAGCUGGUCGGGGCCCAGGACGUGUCCCAGGCCAUCGGCUUCCUGCUGGGCCUGAUGUCCGUGCCCAUGACUGUGGGGCCUCCCAUUGCAGGGUUCCUGAGGGACAGGCUGGGCAACUACGACCUGGCCUUUUACUUGGCGGGCAUCCCCCCGAUCAUCGGAGGAGCUGUGCUGUGUCUGAUACCCUGGCUGGAGGCCAGGCGCAAGAGGGCGGAGGAGGCCCUGAACAAGGAGCAAGGCCUCACCCAGAAGAUGAUAGAGAAUGGGAAGGCACAGUCUGUCCUCUGAGUGCCAGGAUGAAUAGACUGACUGUAUUAAGAUACAUUGUGUGUGUGUGUGUGUGUGUGUGUGUGUGUGUUUGUGUGUGUGUGUGUAUUGACUGCCUUCAGUAGGAGAAUGCCAAAGCGAUGAAACAUAUCAGACAGAGCAACAAGUUGAAGUACAGCUUAACAUGAAUGUGAUCCUGAAGAACUAUGCAUUAGAUAGUUUAAAUUAGACUGAACUGAUCUCAGUGGGGAAACUUGAAAAAAAAAAAAAAAAAAUCAAAAUACUGCAUAUUUGUGUUUAUCAGAAGGGAAAGAAGGCAAUCAAGACAUCCAAGAAAUGCAGUGUGAAAGCUAUAGAUUCACAGUCUUUGCCGCACACAGCCGUUUUCAACACCAUAUACUUUUAGGUAUAGAGAUAUAGCAGAAAAGAACACAUUGAAUUAUAAUUAUAAUUAUAAUUAUUAUAUAAUUAAGAAAAGAAACCAGUCACAUGUAGGAACGUGACUUGAUUUAACCUCGAUCUGCAUUUUUGUUUGCAUCAGUUCAAAGCAAACUGGUAUAGAUGCCAAAGAUCUCCAUGGAAACCUGCCACCUUUGUCCUUGUUGACAUGAUUCCCUUGUUAAAACAGUCUUAAAGCAUGGCAACUUGUACAGAUCGGGAGGGGGUGAUGAGUUGGUAUUUCAAAGGGACAAUUAACUAUCACUUCAGAGAAGUGCUGUGAGCAACUGUGGAUUUCGGAGGUUGUUGCAAUAGUGCUGGUUGUGAAGCUGUGGGAUGGUCCGAUCUGUAAAUGUGCUCGGGACACUUCAAGGGAAGCAGCUUUAAGCACAGUGAUUUUCACGUACCACCCGGAACACAUCAUCAUCUGCAGCUACUGUCCAUCCCAGACUGGACCCUGGCCCACUAAAACACUCACUACUACCGUGCUUUAUCUCUAUUACAUAUAUAUAUGCGUGUGUGUGUGUUUGUGUGUGUGUGUGUGUGUGUAUGUGUAAAAGCAACAAUUUCUUGGCCAGGUGCAGUGAAUUUCCAGAGCCUCAUUCCUGUAGUUCCCAAAAUGUCAGCCUAUUCCUUUAACACUGUCAUGUAGCCAGUACAAAGUCACCUGCUUUCAGCGACGAACCCAUUACAGUGUUUGUGUUCACCUCUACAUUCAUCGAUUGUAGUAGUGACUUUAAGGAGUAUUUCUUUUAAAGCAAGCAGUGGUGGGGACUUGUUUUUAAAUUUGUUCUUUUUUUUUUCUCUGUGUUUUGGUCUGAUGCUUUCACCAUAUACUUUCACUGUGCAACAGUGAGUUUGCAGCGUGAUGUCUCUACUGCUAACUUGCAUCGUCCAGGUCAUAAAACAAGCGUCACCACAUUAACAACAUAUCACCAGCUUGGAUGGAAGGACUCUUAAAAUGACAAAAAAAAAAAAACACAACAUACAGGUCCAUCUGUAGUUCCUCACCACUCUCUAAAAAGGC